AUGACCACGUGGAUGGCGCUGUUCGGGCUAGUGUGGCUGCUCCGCGUGCGUGGUUCGCUUUGCGGCUGCGCGGCGUGCAGGCGAGCGCGCCACGAUGCGCAGGAGAUCCAGUGCGCUCCUAGCCCGCGCGCGCCCAGCCCCGAAGAGCAAGCCCCGUUUGACGUCAUCACACUGGAGCAUUACACCCGUGACGUCACUGUACAGACUGACUUCGACGAUGAAGACGUCGAGGAUCUCGACAAAAUCGAGAUGCAGAUAUCUGAAGAAUCCAAUGUUGGGAAUUACGAGUGCGGGCGAGAGCAGUCAACGCAUAGUCCAGUAAGUGGUCAGCAAGCAAGUAGCUUUCAGUGUCCUUCGGAUGCAGACAGCGAGGCAGUGUGGGAGACAGCUGAUGUGACAUUGGAACGGGGUGCGAGUGGGCUCGGCCUUAGUAUAGCGGGCGGGGAAACUGGCAGUGACGUCAGCAUAACACGACUGGCAGUUGGUGGUGCCGCGCAAAGAGAUGGAAGAUUGCAAAUAGGAGAUAUUUUAUUACAAGUAAAUGACAUUUCUGUGGAAGGGGCGCCACAUUCAGUCGCAGUUGAUGCUCUUCAAAAAGCUGGAAGCGUCGUUAGAUUACGAGUGCGACGAGCUCGAAGACCUAGGGUGGUGACUUUAUGGCGUGGAGUAAGAGGUCUUGGCCUUGGUAUAGCCGGUGGGGCUGAUGAUGCAGCAGGUGGAGGAGGCAUCUUCGUAUCUCAUAUUGCAGUAGGUGGGGCUGCUCACCAUGAUGGCAGAUUAAGACUGGGCGAUAAAAUUUUGGCUGUUAGGGAUAAAGAUGGUAUUGAAACAUCUCUAAUUGGUGCAACGCACGCUCAUGCAGUAUCUGCUCUAAGAAGUACAGGAGACCAAGUCACGCUCAUAGUAUUAUCAGCCGGCUCUGUGCCACCUGUCGCUAAAACAGCUCCACUAUACUCAACCAAAACUCAAGCCACGUCGUGUUCAACGCUCCACGAGUUAUUAGAAGAGGAACCAAGUGAAAUACCGAGAUGUGUCCGCAUGGUCAGGCUUGUACGGUCUGGCUCACGCCUCGGCAUGGACAUCGUCGGAGGGCUGGGAGGAGAGGUGGAAGGGAACACGGAUGAGGACGCCUGUGGAGUGUUCGUGUCGGGUGUUUCCGUAGGUGGGGCCGCCUACGGCAUGCUACAUAGAGGCGACAGGAUACUAAGUGUCGACGGCAGAGACCUCACAAGGGCUACGCAUGAACAAGCUGCAGCUGCACUGAAGCAGUACUCGGGAGCCACAGUGACAAUAGCGGCGCAGUAUCAGCCGGAACAGUAUGAGAGGUUACGAGCACGCAUCCGAGCGAUCAACGCAGCGGCCGCCAUGUCCCCUCGCUCGAGACACGUUCCUGUGCAUCCUGACCUACACGCUAUGUACCCAAGGUAA